AUGCGUGUUGCGCUGCGGCCACGCAGUGGCUGCCUUCUGUUAUGUCUGGGCCUGUCUGCCUUCACAUUGCUGCUGCAGAACCUCUGGGUACCUCAAGAAAUGUCCACAUACGAACCUGCUGGGAGGUCACCUGCGGAGGAUCAGGGUCAGCAGGGGUUGGGUUUACGCAGGCUGACCCUUCGUCUGGAGGUUCUUAGUAAUCACCUGGAGAGGUUGAGCCGACAGCAAAACAUGAAAAAGACCCCAGAAGAUCUUCAUCUGCUUCUACAGAGCUUUAGGCAAGACCAGCAAGCCUUGGCCCGCAUGGUCAAAAAGGAGCUGGAGAAAGUGAGCCGUAGGCUGGACCAGUUUAACCAUUAUAACCUGCCUCGCAUAUCGACCACACGUGAGAAUCAUGGGACCAAUGCAGGACCCACAGAGAGGUGUGUCGUGCCAGUGGACAAAGCAUAUCCAGUGUGUGCAGAGAAAGUGGAGGACUUUUACCAAUCAUCUAUGUUUAAGUUCCUGCAGGCCAAGUGGCGGUUAGACCCGUGCUAUGCCUUCUAUGGUGUGGAUGGCACCACAUGCUCCGUAUUAACUUACCUCAGCCAAAUAGAGACCUUUUGCCCUCCUCUACCUGGCCACAAGCGCCCUGCUCCCCCAUGGCAUCAGAAACCUACGCUUUAUACAAAGAAGGCUGAGCUACGUUCCACGCUGAGUCUGCUUUACGAAGCCAUCAGCAACAGCAGCGGUCCUGCAGUCACGUUCAUGCGGUCCAGAGUGGAAAUGAUGUCAAAGCGCUGGGAACAGGCGGCUGUCGUGAUGAAGCUGCACAACAAGACGCAUGCAUCUCAGAUGAAGGUGCUGCUUUAUCCUGGUGCCCUUGCUGGGGAUGCAGGCCAACAUUUCCAAGCCAUGGUGGAAAGAGGUGGUCCCCUUGGAGAGUUGGUUCAAUGGGCAGAUCUCAGCGCAUGUUUGACCAUACUGGGUCACAAUGUGACCCUCAGCGACUCGCAGCAUCACCUCCACAACCUGAUAGGUGCCGCUCCGGGCCGAGGCAGCUGUCCCAUCAAGGGGCCACUGACCUUUGACCUCAUCUAUACCGACUACCAUGGCCUCGCUCACCUUCGAGGAGCUAUGGGACUGGCUUUCCAGCAUUACCAGUGUCGCUUCAGAAUCCUGGAUUCGUUUGGCACUGAGCCGGCCUUUAACUUGGGAAGUUAUGCACGCAGUCAAGGCUAUAAGACACUGUGGGGCAGCUGGGGCCUCCACCCUUUGCAGUACAUGACCAUGUUCCCACAUACGCCUGAUAAUUCCUUCCUGGGCUUUGUCAGUGAGGAGGCAGCAAUGGAGCAGGAAUCUGACCUCAUUAGGAAGGAGAAAAUGGCAGUCAUCUAUGGCAAACAAGAGUACAUGUGGCAGGGAAAAUCUGAAUAUUUACAGGUGAUUAGUGAAGAGAUGCAGACCCAUGCAACUGUCUACCAGCCUCCAGGACAUGUCUCCACCUUGCCCAGUUCUGUGAUUAACCACGGCCUGCUCUCUCAGCAACACUUCCUGCGACUACUCCGCAGGGCAAAGGUGUUUGUAGGUCUUGGUUUCCCCUACGAGGGUCCUGCUCCCAUCGAGGCCGUCGCUCUGGGCUGCGUUUUCCUCCAACCGCGUCUAUAUCCGCCUCACUCUUCAGACAAUAACGAAUUCUACAAAGGCAAACCCACAACAAGACAGAUCUCCUCUCAGCACCCGUAUGCUGAAGAUUUCAUUGGUAAACCUCACGUAUGGACGGUGGAUGCCACUAACAAGACGCAAGUGCGGGAAGCCGUCAAGGAACUUCUCCGGACAGAGGUGAAGCCUCUAACGCCAAGAGAGUUCUCUUGUGAGGGAAUGUUGGAGCGGCUUCAUCAUUAUAUCACUCAGCAGAGUUUCUGCACUGCAUCUGUCACCACGUGGCUUCCAGAAAGUGCUCUAAGGGUGCACUUGGGUCCCCUCGGUCAGUCGUGUGUAAGUGUGUGUGCACGGUCCACCCUAGUGUGUGAGCCCUCGCUCUUUCCACGCCUCAACAACCCUGAAGUGUUCACCAGGCUCGGAAUCGGUUGUUCUGGCACGAUGGGGGAAGUCAACCACAUAUUUCCCGCCUACACGCCCUGGGGUCGACACUGUCGCCUUCAGCAGGAACCGCUGCUGUUCAGCUGUGCCGGGUCCGACCCUUCCCACCGCCGCCUUUGCCCGUGCAGAGCUUAUCGACCCGGGCAGGUGGCACUCAGCCCCGAGAACGCGCCGGCAAUGAAAGGCGUUUGAUUUUACACUGUCAAUAUGUCCUUUUGUGUGGGUUUGUUUUCACUUCUACCAAAGAGGGCGACUGCACUGCCAGGCAAAUAGGACUUACUUGAACUUGGACACAGGAUUAAAAACACAUUUUUGUGUCCAAUCAGCAAUCAUUUGGGUUCCUGUGACUUCAUGAGAUGAUUCAUGGCAAGAAACACAAAGUUUCAACUCAGGAAAUUAAAUUUCGCUGUUAUCUGCUCAUACUUGAUGAUCGAAUAAUGCCAUGUCUAAACUUAACUUAUGCCGUGUCUUGAUUUGGAGUUGAGCCCCUCUUUUUUUAGUCGGGGGUCACUUUUGCACGGUUCAUUGAAUCCCGCCUGGCUACAAAAUGAUGAGUCUGGGCCUCUUUGGAGAUAGUGUGACAGGCAAAAAACGAUGAGGCUCAUUAUCGCUGUGAAUCACAAAUAACCUCAGGGCGCCUUUGGGUGGUCACUGCCAUAUGAGCGUGAUUACAUUGUCAUAUAAACCUCCAGUUCCUGACUGUCUUGGCUCUGUUUAACUUCAUACCCUCCACUAUAGAGGAGGCAGAGCCGCGAUGUUUGUCUUUCAAACAUUGUCUGUCACUCAAAGCAGAAUUAAUUAUGUUUUCUUGACUGAAAUUACACGUUUAACCCUGAAGAGAUCCUGGACAUAUGUUGUGCCAUUCACUUUUGUUUUUUCAAGCUGUUUUGGCUGGGUUGAAUAAAUAUUGGUGGAAUUUGCUUUCUUAAAAUGUUUGGAAUUUUCAUAUGGGUUUCUUGAAUUAGUAUGACAUGCCAAAGACAAU